AUGUACAGCGCAUCGCAAUCUGUGUCCGCGCCGCUCAAUGGCAUUGGCGCCGAGAUCAUAGAUGGCUCUGGCACCAUCAACCCAGCUGCCCUCAACUCGACCACGACUCUCCAUGGCGGCGCUGUUGCGUCAGCUAACACCAGUCCCCGCGGAAUCAAACGAAGUCGGUCUCCCGAUCAGUACGCCGACGGUGGCCCAGAAGGUGAUCACGAUGACGAUGAACAAAACCGUCGAAAACGCGGCCGACCGCCAAAGACUCCUCGUGCGCCCAAUACUGCCGCCUCUCAUGGAACGUAUAUACCUAACCACCAAGUCCCAACCGCCCAAGGUCAGAUCCAGACCCCCCGGAUGCAGCCACACAAUCUCCCAACCCAAAACCCCAUCUCUCCGCCCCAAGCAUCGCCGCCCUCGAAAACUACGCCGACAAAAACCUUGGUCAAAGCUUUGCCGACGGUACGCGAUCAUACCACCGACACGCUGAACGAAGGCCAAGAUGAAUACCUCCCCAAAGAGUGGGAUGAUGCUGGCGAAAAGAAAGUCGAUCAGUUGGGCUAUCUGCAAGACACGCGCGAGUACCGGUGCCGCACUUUCCGCGUUCCUGGUCGCGGCGAAAAGCUCUUCAUGCUAGCAACUGAAUGCGCUCGUGUGCUCGGAUACCGCGAUUCAUACCUGCUAUUCAACAAGAACAGAUCGCUGCAUAAGAUUAUUGCCAGCCAGCUCGAGAAAGACGACCUGAUUCAGCAAGACAUCUUACCCUACUCCUACCGAUCCCGUCAGAUAGCCAUCGUUACCGCGCGAUCCAUGUUCCGCCAGUUCGGCAGCCGCGUGAUCAUGAACGGCCGGCGCGUUCGCGACGAUUAUUGGGAGAGCAAGGCAAUCAAACAGGGCUUUACUGAAGAGGACCUUGCCGGCGAGAAACGGCCAGGGGCCGCAAAGGCGCGCGAUGCCGCCGCCGCUGAAGCCGCGGCCAAUGCAGGUUCCCUUCCCGGACUCGGUCAUGGCGAUAUUGUCUACAGCACUGCAAUUGAAGGCAUGCCGCACCUACCUCCGGGCAUCAGUCAAUCAGCGACAUUGGCGCCGCUGCCUAUGAUACACUUGGCGCCUACUACAGAAGACCCACGACUUCGCGAGUACAGCUCCAUGCCCCGUCCGAGACAGGAGUUGACCGGGCAAGUCUACCAAGACCGAUCUCAAACCAGCACGGCGGCCGAGAUCAGCAACCAAGCGACGCAUACGGCAGAGUUCAACAAAGUUCUCAACUCGCAGCGAGCCUUCCGGCAGAAAGGGUUGGAUGAAUUCUACACCACCCCACGCGAAGUCCCAACCUCGUCACCGCAGAUGGGACAUGGUGAGGUCGCUGCUCCUGUUUCUCAGCCUAUGCAGUCGCCCCAGAUGGCUUCGUCAGCUGGCAUGAUGAGUCAAGUGCAUCAUCCGCAGCAUCGCGGUGUGCUCGGCCAGCAAGCUGCCAUGAUGGCCCCAUCACAGGGCGGUUAUGCUCCACAAGCACAGGCUGGGUCUCAUGUAGCUCAGUCCCCACACUCUAAUGCUGCGCAGGGCAUGCGGCCGGAUGCAUUGCAUUCUCGAGCAUCCAACCCAGCGCUCUCGUCGGCUGCCUCCUCGCAAGCCUCUACCUAUGGCUACCAGAACCAGGCGCAGCAGAUGUGGGGACACCCUCCUCCACAGCCACAGCAGUCUCCCAUGGCAGCCUCUCCGCACAUGGGAAUGCCACAGUACGCCGGGCAAUUACCACAGCAAAGCCCAUCUCCUUUGCCCCAUGGCCAACAACCACAUCCGUCACAGUCUCCGCAUAACCAGGCUCGGCCUGCACAGGCAAUGCCGCAAGGUCUGCAAAUGCCUCAACAGGUGGCACAGGGUGGUAUGCCCUCUAUGGGGUACCAGGGUGGCGUUGCUUUCACCAAUGUCCCCAACCCUCGAGCCAUGUAUGCGCCAUCUCAGAACCCCGGUCAACAGUUUAUGCCAGGGCAAGCAGCGGGCAUGGGCAUGAACAUGGGUGCAGGUGUCGGCAUGCCCGGCUGGCCAUCUCCGGCUGGCGGGCACAUGCAGCCCGGUCAACAACAGCAAGGCCAGUCAGGAAGUCCUCUAGGCGGGUGGUCUGGCUAUUAG